AUGUCCUUCUCCAGCAGCAUUUGCCGGUCGCCGUCCCAAAUCGUGAGCAGGGCCGCCGCCCUCCGCUCUGUUCCGUUCUUUGCUUCCGCGGGCCCUGCGACAACAAAGCAACCUUUGUCAAACGGCCCUGCGAAGUCACUUACAACAUUUCCACUAGCAAUCCAGUCUCAAGGGGACUUGCCGCCAGUAUGGUUCAACUCAACACCACCGUGGUCCGACAUCCCGUCGGGUCUUGAUCGACCAAACCCGGACAAUGAGCGCAAAGUCAAGCUGGGCAACACCCUGCGCGUACUACAAGAGCGCCUUCCCACACUCCUGCAGUCACCAUUGCCCCAAGACAUCCUCUCGCCGAACAUCUCUCUCCACCUGUUUCCGUCGACACACCCGUACCUUCCCACCGUCUCCGGAAGAGUGGCCUACAUAGCUGCUCUAUGGACCUCCCCAAUCGCAUGGAACCGCGUGCCCAUCAUCGGCAACCUGAAGCUCCAGAUCCUUUCUGAGCGCAUGACCACACAACAGCUCUACUACUCCCCAAAGCGAGCUGGUGCAUAUCCGGAGCAGCUCGUGGUCAAAUGGAGGUCGGCAAGCAAGACUAAGAACGCGUCCGAUAUGAGUCUGACCGAGCAAGGGGAGCAAAAGCUGGAUGAUACGUUGAGGGGCACUCAGAGCGGCAGCACAAAGAAGGAUUUUACCGGUCUGUUCAUCUUCGAGUUCGACAAGGAUGGCAAGGUUAUCAGCCACACGAUUGAGCAUGUUGACCAAAACGGCGAAUUGGAGAAAGGCGUCGGAAGCACGGUUGUCCAACUGACGGACUGGCUCCUUGGCGGAAUCAAAGGACGAGAACCGGAAGGCAGUCCUAUGUUUCAAAUCACCGAUGACAGGAAAGGGGGGAAGGCACAAUAG